AAAAUGUUAACUCGAUCAAAUCAAAAUCACAUUCUUUAUUUCUUUCAUGAAUCUUUUCUUGGAAUAGAAUUAGACAAUUAGCUAUAAUAUUCUUUCCUCUUAUUCUCUUUCACCGUUCUUCUUCACCUUUUAAGCCUCACAUGGUGGUUAGAGCACUGAACUUCCUCUUCCAUUCAUGCCCUCCUCCUCUCCGCUUCUCCUCCUCCUUCUGUUGCUCCCCCGCCUUCCUCCCUCCGCAGCCUCUCUCCUCCGAUUAUGGCGGCCGCAGGAUGCCGUUUUGCGUAGCACAAAAGGCGUCCGGGGACGUGUUUGGGAGCAUAAUCGAUGUGCCUCUUCAUUUUCCGUCCAUCCAAACACGCCCCAUUUUGUUCAUAAUAUGGUUGACCUUAACUCCAAACUGAAGCAACUUGUGAAACGUUGUCAACUGCAUAAAGCAAGGCACGUGUUUGAUAAAAUGCCUUACAGAGAUGAGGUUUCAUGGACCACGAUAAUAGCUGGUUAUGUCAAUUCUUCAGACCCGUUUGAAGCGUUGAUCUUGUUCUUAAAUUUAUGGAUCCAGCCUGGUCUUCAAAAAGACCAGUUUAUGAUUAGUGUUGCACUCAAGGCUUGUGCUCUUGGCAUGAAUAUAUAUUUUGGGGAAUCAUUGCAUGGAUUUUCUGUGAAGUCAAGUUUGGUAGACUCGGUAUUUGUCAGCAGUUCACUAGUGGACAUGUACAUGAAAGUAGGCAAAGUAGAGCAAGGUUGCAGAGUCUUCGAAGAAAUGGAAACCCGAAACGUGGUAUCGUGGACGUCCAUUAUUGCGGGGCUUGUUCAUGGUGGUUAUAGUAUAGAGGGAUUAUUGUAUUUCUCUGAAAUGUGGAGAUCAAAAGUGGGUUGUGAUUCAUAUGCAUUCGCCAUCGCUUUGAAAGCAUCUGCUGAUUCAAAUUCUUUAGAUUGUGGGAAAGCUAUUCACACACAAACAAUAAAACAAGGGUUUGAUGAGAGCUUGUUUGUGAUUAACACUCUUGCUUCCAUGUAUAAUAAAUGUGGAAAACCAGGUUAUGUCACGAGAUUGUUCAAAAAAAUGAGGAUGCCAGAUGUAGUUUCAUGGACAACCCUUAUUACAACAUAUGUGCAGACGGGAGAAGAAGAGAAUGCAGUGGAUGCAUUUAGAAGGAUGAGAAAAUCAGGGGUUAGUGCCAAUCAAUACACUUUUGCAGCAGUCAUUUCUGCAUGUGCGAAUCUUGCUGUUAAAGAAUGGGGCCAGCAGAUACAUGGCCAUGUAUUGCGUCUAGGUCUGGUGGAUGCCUUGUCAGUGUCGAAUUCCCUCAUUACACUUUAUUCGAAAUGUGGGAUGUUAACUUUGGCUUCAAUGGUGUUUUGUAGUAUGGCUAGAAAAGAUAUUAUUUCUUGGAGCACUAUAAUUGCAGUUUAUUCUCAAGCAGGUUAUGCAAAAGAAGCUUUUGACUAUCUAUCAUGGAUGAGAAGGGAAGGGCCAAAACCGAAUGAAUUUGCUCUUGCUAGCUUGCUUAGUGUGAGUGGAAGCAUGGCGCUUCUUGAGCCUGGGAAGCAGGUGCAUGCUCAUGUCCUAUGCAUUGGCCUGGAUCAUGAAGCAAUGGUUCAUAGUGCACUAAUUAGUAUGUAUUCAAAAUGUGGGAGUCUAAAAGAAGCUUCUAAAGUAUUUGAUGGGACUAAAACUAAUGACAUUAUAUCAUGGACAGCCAUGAUCAAUGGGUAUGCUGAACAUGGAUCCAGCCAAAAGGCAAUUCAUUUAUUCGAGAAGAUUCCUAGUAUUGGUUUAAAACCGGACUAUGUGACUUUCAUUGGGGUUUUGACAGCUUGUAGCCAUGCUGGAUUGGUUGAUCAAGGUUUCCACUACUUUAUGUCAAUGACUGACGAGUACCGGAUCAGUCCUUCAAAAGAGCACUAUGGUUGCAUGAUUGAUCUUCUAUGCAGAGCAGGAAGAUUGAGUGAAGCUGAGCUUAUGAUACGAAGCAUGCCUUUUCGUAGUGAUGAUGUUGUGUGGUCUACCUUACUUAGAGCAUGUAGGGUUCAUGGGGACGUUGACAGAGGAAGACGAACAGCAGAAAGAAUACUUUCUUUGGAUCCGAAUAGUGCAGGAACUCACAUCACCCUGGCUAACAUAUAUGCUGCCAAGGGGAGAUGGGAGGAAGUUGCACACAUAAGGAAGCUAAUGAAGUCAAAGGGGGUAAUAAAAGAGCCAGGUUGGUCUUGGAUAAAUGUCAAUGAUCACUUGCAUUCAUUUGUUUCUGCGGAUCAGUCUCAUCCGCAGAGCGAAGAUAUCAUAACCAUUUUAAAACUACUAAGUUCAAGAAGAGGAGAUUCUUUGCUGGAAACAUGUUCAAGUGAAGAUGUUGAAGAUUAGCAACAGGCUAAAUUUUCUAUCAUUGUGCUUGUGCUACAAUUACAAUUUUUCCAUUAGCAUUCAUUACGUUACAUAGAUUUCAAAUGAUUGUUGGGAAUUGGUUGCCUAACUGCAAUCACUUGAACACUCAAAAUCCAGCGUAUACCAGGUUCGUAUGGAAUUUGAAACUGAGACAUCAUUUAAAUGGCUUCAAAGAUAUUUUUUAAAGGAUGAAAGAAAUUAAUCAAGAGGUAAUUUUUCAUUGAUGAAAACAGCAUAUGAUUUCCAUCUUCCUGUAAAUAUUAGUUUUGCUUCUUGUGAAUUUAUGCAUUCUUUUUAAUUGUACAGUACCCUUAGAGAUCACUCGCUGUGAAAUUUAUUGUUGAAUAACUUGGCUAGUGAUUCAUAAUUUAAAAAAAAAAUGUUCUACCCAUGUGUUACCAUUUGCAGGAAUACGAUCGAUACUGGAAUAAAGCUUUACUAGUUAACUUUGCCUCAAGACCCUUCUUUUUUUGGCACAGGUGCAACAAUUAAUCUAGUAUUAAAGGAUUUUGCUGGACAUGGCAUAGGAACACAAGGGGAUGUUAUGAUGCUUGGGUGGAAGGGCAGUAAAGAAGAACGAGAAGAAGGAUUGGAUAGCUUUGUACCUUGUAACUAUUUGGUUAUAUUAUUAUCAGAUAUACCUAUACGUUAAGGUUAAGUACGAUGUUGUCUUUUAUGGUUUAGGUUGAAAUUUUUU